GUCGAUUGUGUCCGCGACGUAUAAAAGCGAUGCGGCAGCAGGCAGGACAGUUCACCUGCCCGACCAGUCCGGGACAAACUGCAGCUGAAACUACAACGCACUCAUCGAACCAUGAGCCGACUACACGUCCGUGGGACACCGAUGCACAGGGUGUGACAACACUGAUGGACCUUUUCUCUCUGGUGUCGGUGGCCUUGCUGUUGGCUGCACCCGUCAGGCCCCAGUCGAUGCACCCUUCUAGCGUCAACGCCUACGUGGACGAGAUCCUGGAGGAUAGGCUUCCCGGUGAAGUGCGCAGCCAGAUCCGUCUGCCGGCCUUCACCCGUGACGUGAGCCACGACUCGCACUACGGUUCGGUGCUCUUCCAGUCGACUAACGUCAGCAAGCACGAGCGUAUGAAGCGCUGGGUCGACUGCAACGGCUCCGUCGCGGAAUUCCCCGAGCGAGUUGUCAUCUCGUGCGACGUCAGGUUCCCGGGUAUUCUGGUGCACAUAGAUAGUCUGCUGACGUACGACAGCAACGACACCCACCGGGUAGCAGCUCGCAUCUUCUACCCGCUUAGCACUCGGCUCGUUCUCCAGUUCGCGCCCUGGGAGAACCCCUCCGCCAACCUGACUCGGCUGAGCGGCUUCGAGAAGCUGGAGGCCCGUUUCUGGGGGCUCGACAGGAGCGACCCCAAGAACCAGAAGCUCGCCUGGGGAUACGAGAAGGUCGCCAAGGACAUUGUCCAGCAGGUGGUCGCUGAACAAGUGGCACCGGCGCUGGGCAGAGCAGCCGCCAAAUACCGCUUUCCGUGCUGUCCAGAUAGACCGUAGAAGGGGGCCGAGCGUGCAAUGCAUGACGCUGCACGGGCCGAAUCAGUUCUGUUUUUCGAAAAUGUUACUCUUUGAGACUCCGACGUCACUAGAAGUAGACACGGAGGAGCUUAAAACAUUCCCUACCGUGCCCGUUUCUUCCACCACCACCAUGUAGCGGGGUAUAGGUUGUGCUGGAGCUUUUAUUUUAAGCAGCUUUGCAUUGACAGAACGGGGGAACGUUUUUGAAUAUUUUGAUCUUUUCUUUGCUCUUUACUUGUUUCGGUUGUUGUUCGCCCUGUCCGGCGCAAGUGUUGGCGAAAAUCUUGUGUUACAGAAAAUAUAUUUGGCUUUGGUAAUAAAAACAGUUUUGAGGCAUA